GUACGCAUGUUGGCUGCCUCUUGGUUCAGCAGCAGUUUGAAUGCCAUCAUGUACACAGCCAGCACGUUUUCACUAUCCUUCUGUGGCCCCAACACUGUCCACCAGUUCUUCUGCGAUGGUCCCCAGUUGCUAAGACUUGCAUGCUCCACUGACCAUGUCCUGGAAGAUGUGAGCUUAGCCAUUACCAUCUGCUUAUCUUUCUUCUGCUUCGUGCUCAUCGUGGGCUCCUACGUCCGCAUCUUCUCAGCCGUGCUGAGGAUGCCAUCGGCGGAGGGCCGCUCCAAAGCCUUCUCCACCUGUCUGCCCCACCUGGUCGUCGUCACUCUGUUUGUCACGUCUGGCACUUCUGCCUACCUAAAGCCAAUACCAGACUCUCCUUCUGCACUGGACCUGCUGGUAUCUGUGUUCUAUGCCUUGGUGCCCCCUACCUUUAAUCCCCUCAUCUACACCGUGCUGAGGAUGCCGUCGACGGAGAGCCACUUCAAAGCCUUCUCCACCUGUGAGAUUGCUUAUAGCUCUUCUCCAGAAAACCCCCAACACUAA